AUGGGGAGGUAUUUCAUGAACAUCUCCUGGGACAAUCGGGACUACUCCUUCAAUGAGGACGGCUUCCUGGUGAACCCCUCCCUGGUGGUCAUCUCCCUGACCAAGGACCGCACCUGGGAGGUGGUGAGGAAAGGGCCCAGGCGUGCAGCCGCAGGGGUCGGGGUGGGCGGGGCCGGGUCCCAGGGGGCGGGGCGGAGGGCCAGGUCCCAGGAAAUGCUGACAGAAAAGCGCUGCUGCAAAGGCUUCUGCAUCGACAUCCUCAAGCGACUGGCCCAGACUAUCGGCUUCAGCUACGACCUCUACCUCGUCACCAACGGCAAACACGGGAAGAAGAUCGAUGGCGUCUGGAACGGCAUGAUCGGGGAGGUUUUCUACCAGCGGGCGGACAUGGCCAUCGGCUCCCUCACCAUCAACGAGGAGAGGUCAGAAAUCGUCGACUUCUCCGUGCCCUUUGUGGAGACGGGCAUCAGCGUCAUGGUGGCCAGGAGCAAUGGCACGGUGUCGCCCUCCGCCUUCUUGGAGCCCUACAGUCCCGCCGUUUGGGUCAUGAUGUUUGUCAUGUGUCUGACCGUGGUGGCCGUCACCGUCUUCAUCUUUGAGUACCUCAGUCCCGUCGGCUACAACCGCAGCCUGGCCACCGGCAAGCGUCCUGGUGGCUCAACCUUCACCAUAGGAAAGUCCAUCUGGCUCCUCUGGGCCCUGGUCUUCAACAACUCGGUGCCUGUGGAGAACCCCCGGGGCACCACCAGCAAGAUCAUGGUGCUGGUCUGGGCCUUCUUUGCCGUCAUCUUCCUGGCCAGCUACACGGCCAACCUGGCGGCCUUCAUGAUCCAGGAGGAGUACGUGGACACCGUGUCCGGACUGAGCGACCGCAAGUUCCAGCGGCCCCAGGAGCAGUACCCGCCCCUGCGCUUUGGGACCGUGCCCAACGGCUCCACCGAGAAGAACAUUCGCAGCAACUACGAGGCCAUGUACAACUACAUGGUGCGCUACAACCAGCCCCGUGUGGAGGAGGCCCUGAUCCAGCUGAAGGCCGGGAAGCUGGACGCCUUCAUCUACGACGCCGCCGUCCUGAACUACAUGGCCCGGAAGGACGAGGGCUGCAAGCUGGUGACCAUCGGCUCGGGCAAGGUCUUUGCCACCACGGGCUACGGCAUCGCCCUGCAGAAGGGCUCCCGCUGGAAGCGGCCCAUCGACCUGGCCCUGCUGCAGUUCCUGGGGGACGAUGAGAUCGAGAUGCUGGAGCGCCUGUGGCUGUCCGGGAUCUGCCACAACGACAAGAUCGAGGUCAUGAGCAGCAAGCUGGACAUCGACAACAUGGCGGGGGUCUUCUACAUGCUGCUGGUGGCCAUGGGCCUGUCCCUGCUGGUCUUCGCCUGGGAGCACCUGGUCUACUGGAGGCUGCGCCACUGCCUGGGGCCCACCCACCACCUGGACUUCCUGCUGGCCUUCUCCAGGGGCAUGUACAGCUGUUGCAGCGCCGACGCCGCCCCCCCGGCCGCCAAGCCCCUGCCCCCCCAGCCCCUGCCCCUGCCCAGCCCGGCCUACCCGGCCCGGCCGGCCCCAGCCCCCACGGCCGCCGGCCCCUUCCUCCCCCGCGAGCGGGCCGUGGUGGACCGUUGGCGCCGGCCCAAGCCGUCCUCGGGGCCCGGGCCCGUCCCCGUCCCGGUCACCCCUGAGGCCGCUGGCCCCCCCCGUGCCCCCCUUCCCGGGGCCAUGGCCGACAGCUUCCACCGCUACUCACGGUCCCGCGGGGCCUCAGGGGCCUGGGGAGCCCGGGUGCGCGCCCGGCCCGGCCCCUCGCCACCCCGCCCCAGGGAAGCGCCCCCCUCCCUGCCCGCCGCCGUGGCAGGGCGCGGGUCAGCGGGCCAGCCCGCCCCGCCACGCGGGUACCCCGUCCCGCCUGCCCCCGCCCGCCCGCUCUGCCACCAGGCGUCACGGGGCGAGCCCGGCCCGAGCCGCUGGCCCCGCUCGGACCCGGAAAGCCAGCCCCUGCUCCGGGGGGCCGGCGCGGGGGGGAGCUCCGCGGCCCCUCCGCCCCCGCCCUGCCGGGCGCCACCCCCGGCCUGCCCCUACCUGGACCUCGAAUUAUCCGACUCGGAUGACUCGGAGAGCUUGGGGGCGGGCUCCGGGGCCGGCCUGGAACCCUGGUGGGUGCCCGACUUCUACCCGUACGCCGACCGCUUGGGCCGCUACUGGUCGGUCGACAAGCUGGGGGGCUGGCGGGCAGGCAGCUGGGACUACCUGCCCCCCCGCCCCGGCCCCGCGGCCUGGCACUGCCGCCACUGCGCCAGCCUGGACCUCCCUCCCCCGCGCCACCUCAGCUGCUCCCACGACGGGCUGGACGGCGGCUGGUGGGCCCCGCACCAUCCCCCGCCCCCCCCGUGGGCCGCCGGGCCCCACCGGAGGCGCCCCCGCUGCCGCUGCCCCCGCGGCCACCGCGCCCCAAGCCGGCGCUCCGGCCCGGCCCCCCACCGGCGGCGCCACGCGGGGCUGUGGGACCUGCCGCCGCCCGCCCCCACCUCCCGCUCCCUGGAGGACCUGAGCACCUGCCCCCGCGUGGCCUCGGCACACGGCCGCCACUCUCGCCGGUGCCCCCACGCCAGCCACUGGGGCCCCGUGCCCCGCAGACACCGCGGGGGGGACCUGGGCACCCGCCGCGGCUCCGCCCACUUCUCCAGCCUCGAGUCCGAGGUAUGACCGACCCUGCCCCCCUCCCGGCCCGGCACCACGCGGAGGACCGGCCGCCAAAGGAGCGCCAGGGCCCGGGUCAGGACCACGGACAGAGGUGGGGCCGAGCCGGCCAGGAUCCGACAGGGCUGGGGCCCAGCCGGGGUGGGGGCUGCACGGGGUUCCCUGAGCCCCGCGGGCUUUUUUAACCUGACAAGGGCUUUUUAACGUCAUGGGAAUGGGGGGGUCCUCCCCUCCGCCCUCGCCCCUCUCGUGGGGGCUCCCGCACCAUCACUGUGCUGCUCCCCACGCCCAGAUACCACCAGGGACCACCCCCCCCUCCGGGGGAGAGGGGGCUGUUUUUAACCUUCAUCAUUGGGACACAAAACUGUGAGAGCCGCUCGCUAAACUGUGACCCCCAACCCUGAGACUGACCCCAAGACUGUGACCCCUGACCCUGAGACUGUGACCCCUGACCCCAGACUGUGAGCCCGACCCCUUCUCCCUAGCCUCUGACUCCUGAGACUGUUACCCCACCCCCAAUCCACGCCAGACACCUUGGGGUCUCCCCGAACUGAACUCUGAUCCUCCCCAUUCUUUGAACCCGGAUCCUCCGCUCCCCCAGACUACCCUUCACUGUAAUCCUGGACAUCCUCCCAGACCACGUGUCCCCUCUCCCUCCCGUAACUGACCUCCAGUGUUCAAACUCAGAACCCCCAGGCCUGGGCCCUCAAAGCCCACCCAGCCCCGCCCUGCAGCAGGGGAGGGAUCUGGGGGGGGGGGGCUCAGGGGUCCAACCCCAAUGGAAUAAAUCGAGUUUUUAUGCCUCCUC